GGAGGAAAUCUCGCGAGGCUGGAGCGCUCCGGGAGCGCUGGUCAGAGGCGGUCUGCGGAGCUUUCCCUGGGGCAGUGAUGGGGCUGAGCCCCUCUGGCUCCUCAGGCACACUCAGCUGCCUCUGCCGGGUUCUGCGUCUGCUCGCGGAAGAACUUGAUCAGGGCGCAGAGACUCCUCCCUUGGGUCCCUAGGUCUCGGUUGGCAGAGGCUUUGAGUCCAAUUCGCCACAGCCGGCGCUGCGAGGGACUGAGAGGCGAGUAUUCCUGUAGAAAUGAGUUGCACAAUUGAGAAGGCACUUGCUGAUGCCAAAGCACUUGUUGAGAGGUUGAGAGAUCAUGAUGAUGCAGCAGAAUCUCUGAUAGAGCAAACCACAGCUCUCAACAAGCGAGUGGAAGCAAUGAAGCAGUAUCAGGAAGAAAUUCAAGAACUUAAUGAAGUUGCAAGACAUCGGCCACGUUCAACAUUAGUUAUGGGAAUCCAGCAAGAAAACAGACAAAUAAGAGAACUGCAACAAGAAAACAAAGAAUUACGAACAUCACUGGAAGAACAUCAGUCUGCCUUGGAACUUAUAAUGAGCAAGUAUCGAGAACAAAUGUUUAGAUUGCUAAUGGCUAGCAAAAAAGAUGAUCCUGGUAUAAUAAUGAAGUUAAAAGAGCAGCACUCCAAGAUUGACAUGGUACACCGUAACAAGUCCGAAGGAUUCUCCCUUGCUGCAUCUCGACACAUCCUUGAAGCACCUCAACAUGGACUGGAGAGGAGGCACUUGGAAGCAAAUCAGAAUGAAUUACAAGCACAUGUUGACCAGAUAACUGAAAUGGCAGCAGUUAUGAGAAAAGCCAUUGAAAUUGAUGAACAACAAGGUUGCAAGGAACAGGAACGAAUAUUUCAACUUGAACAAGAAAACAAAGGCUUGAGAGAGAUCCUGCAGAUAACUCGAGAAUCAUUUUUGAACCUUAGGAAAGAUGAUGCAUCAGAAAGUACAUCUUUGUCAGCGUUAGUGACCAGUAGUGACCUGAGCCUGAGGAAGAGCUGAAAACUUCCAAGUCUGUGAGCUACUUAUUACAUGGGUCCAAGUGGCCACCAGGACUGACCUAUAAUGAAUGAAUGAAUGAAUGAACAGAAAACUCAAAUCUCAGUCAACCCUUUAUUUUAUUUUGUUUUAUAUAAUAUAUAUAUAGUACACUGGCUAAGAGCAACAAAAAAAUGCACAGUCAAUGGUUGCAGACUUUAUUCCAAAACAUAAUUGAGAAGUGGAAACUGAGCCAUUGUUAAUUGGUGAAAAAUGAAAGGUUUUCACAGUGACUGCUGUCAGCAGUGUUGUGGGAUUUCUGAAUGAUACUUAGAGAAACUUGAAUAUUUCCAGUAAAUGUUUGGUAAUUCUUAGAAUUAUCCUAAUUUUAAAAAUAUAAACUUUUACCACAGUUUUGUGAAUGGAAGAUUAGACUAAAUGUAAUCCUUCCUGUUUGGUGUCAAAGUUAAGUAGCUUUAAGUACCAUGAGACUUUAGCUUUAGUGAUUGCCUGUUUACUUUCCCAUUUCAAUUUUUGUCAAAGAAAAUUCAGUUUUAAAGGAUAUAGGAAAGCUUUAUAUGCACUAUAAACAGAUGGGGACAUUUUAUUUUAACUAAUUUACCAUAACUGAUAGUAGCUAACAGAUGUAUACUUUGCUUCCAUGUAGGAAAUAUUUCAGGAAUGAAAGAGAAGGAAUACUACUUUCUAAGAAAGAAGAUCUUAUAAUAGACAUGUUUAGUAGGUUAAACUACUCCUUUGAAAGAAUUAAGUUUUGGUUCUAAGUCAAUAAUGAAGAUGAGAUUUUUCUCUUCUUUGGUUGGUUUUCAAGGAUAUGGUUAUUUAGCUUACAGUGUUGAAAUAUUUUAUAUAGCAAGAUAGGUAUGGUAAUUUCAAAGUACAUUGGAAAUUCAGCUCACAGAACCUUUUUUUUUUAAAUUCUCGAGAUAUAGAAAAAAAUAAAAUUUCAAGAAAAAAUUUGUGGGUCUAUUUUUAAGCUCCAUCUGGUCCUCAUAACUGGUAAGAUUUUUCUUAGAACCUUUGAGUUGAAAGGGCAUGAAGGGGGAACCUAUGGAUUUAGAAGUAUUUGUUCUCUUUAUUUUUAAACUAUCAGAUAUACUGUAUGUAAAUUUUUUAAAAGUCACCAGAUACAGAAAUGUGCUUUAACAUCAAUUGAAACCUAAAUUUAUAUUUUGUGGUGAUUAGAGAAUAAAAGGAUGAAUGUCAAAUAUGACUAAAUAUAUUAAACUCAUUUAUAUUUAAUACAUAUGAAAAAUUAGCACAAGUAGAAAAUGCUACUUUUGAGUAUAUAAUUUGUUAAAUAUUACCUCACAUGGAAAUUUUUAUGUAUAAUUACAUAUGUUGGUGAAAUUCAAAACUACUUUUCACUUCUGAAUUUUUCUAUCUUAAGUUUAGGGUGGGUGGGGUAGAUCGGGCUGAUUGAAUAAAAAAGGGCUACUGGCCCAAACAUUAAACAGAUUUCUUUUCUCAUUCAGAGGCCUUAAUUGAUAUUAUAAAUGAGUGAGUUUUUAUUUUUAAACUUUUCUAUUUUGGGGGGGAGGAGUACUCUUAAUUUAAUGGCACAUUCAUUCGGUUUAUAUCCCAAGUAAGAAUUUAAGAAUGAAAAUAAGCUACAUAGUUAAAAUUAAGUCUGAGGCAAUUCACUGAGGCAGCUCUGUUACAAAACAUUACUUGACAAAUUAUUAUUUUUGUAAUCAAAUAAGCUGAGUUAUUUAUUCCUAGUCUUCCUUGUAUAUAAUUUUAAGGUCUUGGUUUUUGAAUUCACUUUGUUAGUGACAGUUGUCCACCCUUUUUUUUUUUAAACAGAACUUAAAUUUAUGUCUGAGAGUAUGUACUGCAUAGGAGCCUAUUUUAUCAAUAAAGAUGAGUGAUUAAAACUGA